GACGAUGCACCUUGACCCCCACUGUCCCAGUAACUGAGUAAGCUUCUUCCGUAGAUCUACUUGCCACAGUAAAAGAGACAGAAGCCAUUCGUAUUAUGUACUGUUAUGCCAAAAAGCGACAAGAAAUGUUUCUGCUCAGGCUCAGCGCUUCAGUUCCAAAGUCGUUUCGAAGAGAGAACGUCGAUCUCCGAAGCUCAUCUUAUGGUGUGAAAGGACUAUCACUGAGCCGCGAUGCAACCCUUUCAAGGUUCCGGGGCCACCAGUAAUCUAGGGAGAAGGAAGGCUAGCGAUAGCAGCUGGGCUGGCAAAGACGCAGAGUGCAACGCAAUCUUUCCAGGUCGACAUGGCGGGGAACCAUACGACGAUGCUGUUGAUGACGCCAAAGAACGGCUAUUGCCACAAUCAUUGCCAAUACCACCACACCAAGAAGAGGUAGCCCGACAGCUUACACAGAGGCAAGACAAGAGGAGAAGUGUCUGUGUCGAUCAGCAAACCACGCACCUGGAAAGGUUGUUCCGGAAGUGUGAUCAGUCCUGGGAUAAAGUACUUCUUCACGUUGUGGCCCAUAUGCUGCGCACUGAUAGUACAGAUCUGAAGUUUGCGCUGAACGUGUUGCUUCAUACACAUUUGGCUAACACUAGUGCCGUUGGUGAGAACAACAACACAGCUUUACACUGGGCAGCCAGAGAAGGAAAUCUGGGAGUUGCAGAGAUACUUCUACGGGCUGGCGCUAAGACUACUGCCAGGAAUAAUGACGGAGAUAUUCCAGUGGUACUAGCGUUAAGCAACCGCCAUGAUGCUGUUGCUGCUAAGAUAUUGGAAUCCAUGAAACCAGCAGAUGUUCGCAAUGUAUUUCAAGCUCAUGACCACAAAGACUGUGAUUUUAGUUUCCAUGACCUUGUCGAACAUAAAGGAAUGAAGGAGAGUUUGACGCGCGCACUUGACAGUAUGAUGGAGAGGUCACAUACCCAACCUGAUACAGUCACAGUCUACCUGCAAAUCCUUGAUGGUGACAGGAAUGGCAGAGCCCCAGAUAAUCACCGCUUCGAUGGCAAUCGCACAAUCCUCCAGCUAAUUGCUAAAGGUGAAAACAAGGAUGCUGUAUGCCAUGAUGUUGUCAGGCUGCUUAUCUGGUACAAGUGGAAGAAGUUUGUAGCUAAAAGAUACUGGUCGCAAGCUGCUAUUUUUGUCCUGUACGUUAUUGCCAUGUCAAUGGCACUAAUAUUUGCUGGCGGUGCAGAUGAUCCGAACCAAUAUCGAUCUGGACUGGACAUUUUCCGCGGAGUUUGUGAAGUUCUUGCCAUACUGUUCUGCCUCUAUGGUCUUGUGGAACAAGUGCAUAACAUGUACAAGUACAGAAGUGACUACUUUGAAGACCUGUACAACUAUGCUGACUUAGCAUCCUUCUUUAUGCUGCUGGUGAUAAUCCCACUACGCUAUGCAGACUCUAGUUCACAAUGGACUGUGGCGUCAUUUGCCUACAUUACGACCUGUCUGCGCUUCUUCAAGUACACAUGUGCAUUUCGGGAAAUUGGUGCGUAUACACAGAUCAUGGUUCAAAUCGUUCGCUUUGCAAUCUUGCGCUUCAUUGUCGUCUUCUGCAUAUUCCUUGUGACGUUUUCUGGAUCUUUCUACCUGGCCCUUCGAGGAGAAGAGGACGAGAUGUUCAGCCUGAAGGAGAAUAGGACGCUGACCAUCUCUGAUCUUGAUAAACCUGAGUACUAUCAUGCUAGGUCCUAUCCGGAGAUACUGCUAACUGGAAUGCGCAUCCUGAUUGAAAGAGGGCCCAUUCUUGAUUAUUAUGGGAAGUCAAGCAAGCUUGGAUGGCUUGGUAUUGUGCUGAUAGUAUUCUUCAUGUUCAUCGUCAUCGUAGUUUUGCUGAGUAUCCUCGUUGCGCAACUGACUGAUACCUAUCGGAGUGUGCAGAGUGAUGCUCAGAAAGAAGUUGACUUGAAUCGUGCAUACAUUGCUGGUGAGAUGGAGAAGAACGGCUUAUUGCGUAAGGAUCUACUUGCCAGGAAUUACGAACCAUCCAUCAAUGUCCGUGAUCCAGCAGUCGCUAAACACUGGGAGAGUUCACAAACAAAUGAAAAUCGGCAGCUACAGACUAUCAGUAAUCGGCUGGAACAGUGUGACAAUUCUCUGUUAUCAGUGGAGCAGAAUCAGUCAUCUCAAAACAAACUCUUGAAAGAUUUGAACACUCGGGUGGAGAAGCUACUUAAAGAAGUAAAGGACAGCAGGAGAAAGCAGCAAUGCAGUUGUCAGGAGAGAAAGGGACAUGCUACUGACACUGAUCAGUCUGACAGUAGUCGCUCAUCAUCAGAUGUCUCAGAGACAGACAAAGCUCGCAGUCCUCUGGGAGUGAAGAGUGAGGAUGUUCAAUAUGAUCAACAAGGUGGUGGUGCUCAGAUGAACUAUGAAGUAUCAAGUGCAAGUGCCCAAAUUUCGCCCGCUGCUCCAGUGCCCGUUGCAAUGUCUUAUGAUACAGACGUAUCUGCAAUUCUUCCGGAGUAUGCGGCCCAACAUUCGAUCCCUUCAACAAAGAAGUUUAAAAGACGUGGUUCAGCGCCAUCACAUCAUUCUACUCCUGUCUCCGUAGGUGAUUCUGGGAGGAGGUGGCACUCAACCACACAGCAUCCAUUUCGCUCAAAGCGCUAGAGCAAUUCUCCCAGAUAGGAGAGAUCAUGUGCUAGGUCUCCACUUCAAGUCUCCGCAGCAUGAGACAGUCCAGCAGCAUCAGACAGUCCAGCAGCAUCAGACAGUCCAGCAGCAUGAGACAGUCUCCGCAGCAUGAGACAGUCCAGCAGCAUGAGACAGUCCAGCAGCAUCAGACAGUCCAGCAGCAUGAGACAGUCCAGCAGCAUGAGACAGUCCAGCAGCAUGAGACAGUCCAGCAGCAUGAGACAGUCCAGGGAGAAGAAAUUAGCCAACUUUGAAUACUGCGGCCCAACGAUGAACUUGCACUUUUCCACCCCAUCCACAGUGCUGUUUUCUCAGCAUUUUUGUAUGAUUACUGCCAACUUCAAAGUAUUCUUUUUAAAAGUCCUUUGUGGCCCAUAUCAAACUUCUGAUACAUUUAACAAAAUCCGCAGAGCUCCCAAAUAUCUUGCUGUCCUUGCUGUGUCACAGUGCAUUGUCAAUGAACAUUAAAAGAGUUAAAAGUAAUCGUGCUCACUCGUGCAUGUAAGCGUGAAUGCAGUUACAUUGUUAUCAAAGCACAUAGUCGUGCUGGACUAUCGAAGGCUUGUUGCUGGAGUGCUGCCCCCUUUUUGAUCUUUUUCUCCUUAGUUUUAUGACCGAUAAGUAGGCCAUAUCCAAUUCUCUAAAUUCAAUCCAAUUACAGUAUAUUCCCUUGCAAGAUGUUGCAAGUCCUAGCUAUGACAACGAAGCCAUGCACAUUUCAUCUUUAUCUACUAGUAUCCAUCUAGUUUGCAAAGAUAUAAUCAAUUUCUUUCCAUUUGCAAUCAAGUCAAUCAUGGCAAUACUUGAGUACUAGUACGCUACCCCUCCCUCACCCCUCCAGCAGAUACGUAGGAAGUAAGCCAAGUGUAGCGUUGGCAAGCUGGUAACGCACACAGCUGCAGCGUGAAUCACUUUCAAUGUAUUGGUCACGCGUGUUACACGGUACCCGUACCCGCACUUGCAACGCUGUACCGUUGUCACAUGCUUGCAGAUCCAUGACAUGGAUAGUAACUAGUCUCACUGCGUUCAAUGUUUCAUAUUAACCUUAGAAGUACUAGUCUAGACCUUUUGCUGCACUUUCAACCGCCUUUCAUUUACGCCCCAUUGCCCACAUCGCAUUCAGCUCUUCUUCUGCGUGGAAUCAAAUGGCAUUCCUUGUGCAAUGACUGUAGCCAACACAUCUACUUUGACCUUUCUUCUUCUCUCUGCUGAGCUUUGCCGUGACCAUUGCUGUUGCAGCACUUAUGCUGUCUGUCUAUAAAAGCUGCUGUUCACAAUUCUCCACACUUCAGUUAGAAACGUCAGUUAGAGUUACACUACAGUAAGAUUUCGAGUCAGAGUUAAAGUUUACAAUGUAGUCUUUA